CGAUCACUUGAAUUGGUUGUUGUGUGUCCUCGUAAGUGUCCGAGAAUAGAAAAGUUUAAUUAAUUUUGAGUAUCCUCUCUCGCGGCCAAUAUUGCAUAAACAUUUUGUUUCAUUUUAUGUUUGCUUUUCUAUUUUUGAAAACCAAAACAAAAUUAUUAUUGGCGAGUGGACUGAAGUUAAAAUAAAAUAAAAGAAACUCAUUGGAAAAUAGCUCAGUUGGAUUUGUCUGCUGACAAUAAUUCCCUUUCCUGGGCCAAGCAACAACAACAACAAAGUUAGCUGAGAAAAACCUUUUUUUAGUAUUUGACUUUUUCCUUUUAUUUUCUUUGGGUUUUUUUUUCUAAUUCUUUUUUUUUUCACAAAAUCGAACGAGGGUGGCAAACUAAAGUUCCCCCGUCUGUCGUCGCCGUCACAAGUCACACUUUACACAUAUUCAUUUUAAAGAUCUAUAAAUUCCCUUAAGUUUUGUGCAGUAAAAGUAAUUAUUCGUGGUUUAAGAAUUGAUUCCUUUGCUUUGGAUCGAAGUGGAGUGGAGUGGAGCGCCCAUUGUGGUUCUCCAAUGUGAUCUCAUCAAAGACAGCAAUUUCUAGAAAACAAUUAUUCAUCAUAGUUCAAAUUAAAUAUAGACUAUUUUGUUUAAAAAAAGUGAUCCUAAUUUAACUUAACUUGAUAAAUCUCUACGUAAAGCUUAUUAUGGCGGCCAACGAAGUAAUAAAUAACAAUUCCUUGCACUAUUUCGAGGGGGUGGAGAAGUUACUGGAAAUUUGGUUCGCACCAAAUCCUGAAAAUAAAAAUGCUGAUUUAAGAAAAAUCCGAAGACCCAUGUGGGAUGCCCUUCUUAAAUCCGUACGUUGCGAAAUCAUCAGCUUCUCACGAAAUGAUCAAAUUGAUGCCUAUGUACUUAGCGAGAGCAGUAUGUUCGUUUCCAAACGUCGUUGGAUAUUGAAAACGUGUGGUAAUACAACUCCUCUACAAUGUCUCGAACCACUUCUGGAGAUGGCUGAAGAAAUCGGUUAUAAUGAUGUUGAAGAUCUUUUUUACUCAAGAAAGAACUUCAAACGUCCUGAAUUACAGAUUUCUCCCCAUCGUGGUUUUGACGAGGAAGUAGCACUCUUGGAUUCAAUUUUCGACGAUGGACGAGCUUAUUGCUUGGGUUCUGUUAAUCGUGAAUGUUGGUAUUUGUACACAUUGAGCCGCGGGGGAGGUGAAAGAAUUAACAGAUGCAUUCAAGAGUCGCAUAAUAUGCCCGAUCCAGAUCAAACAAUUGAAAUAUUAAUGACAGAAUUAGAUCCACAAGUAAUGUCAAUAUUUUCUAAAGAUGAAUGCUCAAGUGGAAUGGAAGCCACUGAGAGAGCCGGAAUACAUAAACUCAUUCCAGGAAUGGUCAUUGACGAUUACCUCUUUGAACCUUGUGGUUAUUCAAUGAAUGGAAUAGCCAAAAACAUUUCUGGAAAUUAUCCUCAAGGUUGCUACAUGACAAUUCAUAUUACACCAGAACCAGAUUUCUCUUACGUUAGCUUUGAAAGCAACGUUGCAUCAUCAAACUAUUCUGACUUGAUCUCGCGCGUUAUCAAAACAUUCCAGCCCGGAAAAUUUGUUGUGACUAUUUUUGCUAAUAAGUCAUCUCCAGCUUAUACGGCUUUCCGUGAAAUUGAUAAUGCUUCGCAUUUGGCCGAAUGGAAACGUCGCGAUAUUCAAUAUUGUCGUUUCCCAACUUACGAUUUGACCUAUGCGCACUACUGCAAAUUCCCUAGCUGAGGGUUACAGGUUAAGCCUUGCCUAGUUGGCGGGGUUAAAACCAAUCAAUCUCCUCCAUCAUCGCCAUCAACUCCCCCAACUGUAUUUUCCACUUCAUCAGUAUUCUCAACACCAUUGUCCACUCCAAAACACUGUGCAAUUCCCAGCAAGUUUAGCAAUUUGAUCUUCAGCUCAUCCAUUGCCGAUGAAAGCUCAAAACUUCAGCACUCGUGCAAUUCUCUUCCCUUGACAUCAGCUGCUACCGCUGCUGUUACUGCUGCAAUUCCAAAAUCACCAAAAUCCUCAGCACCAUCUCGAAUUGAUUCAUUGAAACGUAUUGACGGCCUACUUAUUGGAACACUCUUGCUGCUACAAAUAUACUCUUGGAUAUUCUACAUUGACUUGGAUGAAUACUCUCCGUUGGUUCUAUUCUCGUGGUGGCGCAAUAAGAUCUCUUGAAAUUGCCUAACACAAUUACAACGUUUGAUCAUUAUUUAAUAAUUAUUGAGUAUUUUAAUUGCUUUGCAACUGAAGUACUGCACCACAAAAAUCAACAACAAAAUAUACAACAUCAUCAGUUUCAUCUCUUGCUCUUAC